AUGUAUCAGCACCGAUCAGCAGCUGAUCGUCGGCGGUUGGGCCAUAUGAUUCGCUUAGCGGAUAAAAUACGUCAGAGACAAAGUGGUGUUACAACUACUGAACCAGAUGUACUUCAAUCAGCUUCUGUUCGAAAUGCCACUAUCCGUGAUCGACUUGUAUUACAAGAAUUGCAAGAGUUAAGAAAUAAUCUAUCAUCUCAAUGUACAAUUCAUCAUCCUGAUCCAAAUAAACUUCAUGAAUUCACCUUAAUAGUAAGACCAACUGAAGGAAUAUGGGCUGAUGGAAAUUAUCAUUUCAAUAUUGUUGUUCCAGAAGGUUAUAAUCAUACUCCACCAUUAGUUAAUUGUACUACACAAAUUUGGCAUCCAAAUAUUGAUGAAGCUGGACGUGUUUGUUUAAGUUUACUACGACAAAGUUCAUUAGAUUUCUCUGGUUGGGCACCACACGACGUUUACUUGAUGUUGUCUGGGGUAUUGAAUCAUUAUUCUCAGAUUUAUGUGAUUUUAAUGAUGCACUGAAUACAGUUGCUGCUGAACAAUAUCUACGUGAUCCUGAAGCAUUUCAUGAUACUGCACGCAGUUAUGUCUUCCGUUUUGC